AUGCCUCAAACCCCAUCCAGCCUCUCCCAAUUCCUGGUUUUCUGGGACCUCCCCAUAGAAAUCCGCCUCAAAAUCUGGACUCAUCUCAUCCCACCCCCUCGAAUCAUCCAACUAGCCACCCACCCAAACCGAGACAACGCCCCCCUCAUCUCCCUCACCAAACCACCCAUCCUCUUCUCCAUCAGCCACGAAACGCGCACUCUCGCCCUCUCAACCUACAAUUUCCUUCCCGUUCCACACAUGCGCAUCCCUGUAUCCCGAAACGAAGAUACAGUCUACAUAACCUUGUCGCAGGUGCGCUCUCAUCGUGAAUCUCAGGACGACAACCACAUUGCUACUGUCUUAUCUCUAGUUUCCUAUUUCCCCAUCACCUCUUUAGGAUUCGCGGCGGUAUGCUGGGGUCGGAUGUGCGAAUUGCUCAAUCUUAUUUCGAUUCUAGCAGGGAUGCCUCAUUUGCGAGAGGUAUUGAAGGUUAUUGAGUAUGGAAGGGAUUUUACGGGCGAGUUGGGGCUUCUGGAUAUACCAGAAUGGAGACAGGACUGGAGGAGAAUGGCGAACCAGGUAGAGGCGCACAUCAGAGAUCAGAGGGAGAAGUUGAGUAUUGUGGGAAACGGGAUGGGAGACGUGAAGAUGAGAUCGAUCCACGAAAAAUUCAACAGUACCGAGACACGACGUUCACUUGAAAUUUCUACCGUGCUUGGAAAGACAAGAGAUGAAAUGAAAUGA